AAUUGUACAAAUGUCUACAGUAAUUAUUAUUUUUAGUGUGGUCUUGAAUGCAAUAAGUAUUAAACUCUAUGCUUCCUGAACCUAAUCAGAAUGUAUUUUUGUUCAUUAGUCUUCAAGAAAAAAUCAAGAGGCAAUGGCGUCAUCGGAGUCUAAUUUUCAAUCCACUAAAGAAUCUCUGGACAGUGACAACAGCUCAACGUUGUGCAUCCCAGAAAUAUCUGAUGCUGAUUUUGCUGUUCCUCCUCUGUCAAGAACUGACAGUGUAUUUUUUACCAAAGAUUUCAUCAAAACCUUGUUGAAGAACAAUGAGGAAUCAGAGGCUUCUUCAAGCUGUGUUGAAAGCUCUGAUGAGUAUAUUCCGCCAAAACACCAAGCCACUUCUGAUGAUUCCAGUGGAUCGGAGCAAAAAGUUUCAUUGAAACGAAAGAAGAUACAGAAGACUUACAUAAGAAAAAAACGGCACACUUCUCCAGUAACAGACAGCGCCACUGCAGAAAGCGAAAACUGUGACACAAAACAAGAUGUUUCUGUAAUGAAACUAAAGAAAAAAAAAGAUGGAAAAAGACUUUACAAUAAGAAACACUUUUGUCUGUACUGUCCUGAGCAGUGCCUUAAGAUGGCAAGACACUUGGUGCGUAAACAUAGUGAUGAACCUGCUGUUGCGAAAGCUCUAAGUUUUCCUUUAAAAUCAAAAGAAAGAAAACUGCAUUUGGACCUAAUUAGGAACAAAGGAAAUCGAGCUCAUAAUAAUGAUGUUUUGAAACAUGGCAGUGGAACUCUUGUUCCUAGCCAGCAGACAUCAAAACCAGUGACGGCAAAUGACUACAUGCAUUGCAUUAAUGGUGAGGCCUUGCUUAAAAGAAAGACUUUAUGGAGGCACAUGUCYAGAUGUAGACUUUCACAAAAAUGCAGCUCACAAAAGCCAGGCAAAAGUCGAAUUCAGUCCAUCUGUUCSUUUGCACAGCCUGUCCCAGAAGGAAUAAGUGAAAAGUUUUGGGAGAUGGUACAUUUAAUGCACAUCGACAAAAUCACAAAAACUGUCAAAGAGGAAAGUUGCAUUUUAAGGUUAGGGGAACACUUGUAUGCAAAGCAUGGACACGACAAAGGGAAACACGAGUACAUCGGACAAAAAAUGCGAGAGCUGGGUAGACUGAUUGUACUUGCAAGAAAAACUGGGAAGGUGAAAAAAUUUGAAGACUUUUAUAAACCUUCCAAUUUCAACUUGGUGAUCGAUGCAGUGAAGGAAGUUGCUGGGUUUGACACAGAGAAGAACACCUACAAAACUCCAUCCUUGRCUCUGAAGUUGGGUCAUGGUCUUAAAAAUAUAGCAGAUAUUCUUGAGUGUGGUGCACAAAUGAAAGACACUGUUGAUGAACAAUUUAUUGACAGUGUGAGGAGGACCCGAAAUCUUCUGGAAAAAAAAGUGGGAUGUGCUUGUCUCAUCACGUGCAUUGCAGACUCUAAAAGAAGUAAAAUGGAACACUYCCCAGCUGCUUCCAUUUACUGAUGAUGUAAAGAAAAUGCACAUUUACCUUGAUGAGGCAAGACAAGAAUACCUGAGCAAACUCACUGAUAAUCCAGACAAGAGAAACUGGUCAAAGCUUGCCAAAGUGACAUUGUGUGAGGUCAUCUUAUUCAACCGCAGAAGAGAAGGUGAAGUKUCAAAGAUGCCUCUGAAUGCAUUCACCCUUAGAGACACAUCAGAGGUGCACUCAGAUUUGGCAGAUGGACUUUCUGAGUUGGAACAGAGGCUUUGCCAACAUUUCAAGCGACUUGAAAUAAGAGGGAAAAGGAAUAGGAAAGUUCCUAUUCUCCUUACACCAAACAUGCUCUCCUCAAUGGAAGCAUUAGUUUCACAUAGGYGGGCCUGUGGUGUGCCAGAUGCAAACCCAUAUUUCUUUUCAAGACCUGAGGCAGAGACUAAUUUAAGAGGAUCGGACGCCAUCAGAGAGAUCGCAAGAGAAUGUGGUGCCAAACAUCCAGAAACUUUGUCUUCAACCAAGUUAAGGAAACAAGUGGCAACACUAUGUACAUUGCUGAAUCUGAAAGACAAUGAAAUGGACACACUGGCAAAUUUCCUUGGUCAUGACAUCCGGGUCCAUAGGGAGUACUACAGACUCCCUGAAGGAAUGACAGAGUUGGCUAAAGUGAGCAAAGUACUGAUGGCCCUGGAACAAGGCCGACUAUCAGACUUUAAGGGGAUGACCAUGGACCAAAUCCAGAUCUCUCCUAAUGAGAAAGUGCCAGGAAAUAUGGAGGACGAGGUGUCAUCAGAGGAAAAAGAGAAGGAUUCAUCUUUCUGCUCUUCUCCUGAAUACUCUUUAAGAUCCAGAAGGAAUCAGUCAACAGCUGAAGAGCUGAGUUUCGGAUGUGCACCCAAAGGGCCAACAACAUCAAAACAAAAACAGCAGAUUGACUCGGACUACACUGUGGCAG